GGAAGUAAAGGGAGCAAAUAUAGAACUGCAACAGAGCAAUAUACUUUUAAUUAUAUUCAAGCCUCUCUUAUAUAUUCCACUGUGGUUUGAUAGGAUAGCCUACAUAGUCAUGGUCUUAGAAUGUUUCGCCUAAGUGCCGUGUAAACCCUACCUGGAUACGCAAAACGCAAAACAGCUCCAAAGUAUUUUCUAAUGGCAGAAGACACCUGCCAUGAAUGGGAACAGGUCAAGUGGCUAACUUGCUAGCGCGAAGGUCCCUAGCAAGUUGAUUCAAACUAGUAAGCCAACAAACAAAGGGGCUCUGCGUGCCUGAAGGUAAUUGGAAAAUGACGUUUGGACAAGGAAUAUUGACGGGACCAAACUUUGAGGAAAUAUAUGUGUUUUUGUAAUUGGCGUGGCUAUUUUCACCCUUUUACACUAUAUGUUAUUGGGGUUUCGUUAAGACCUCGCAUUGGGGAGUAUGUCAGUCAACGAGCUUUACACUAAGUACACACGGGUGUGGAUCCCCGACCCGGAAGAUGUGUGGAAGUCAGCGGAGAUUGUCCGCGACUACAAGGAGGGGGAGCCCACCCUGCACCUGAAGUUGGAGGAUGAGUCGCCUUUACAGUAUCCCAUUGGGCCCAAAGACAACCAGCUUCCAUUUCUGCGGAACCCUGAUAUUUUGGUGGGUGAAAAUGACCUCACUGCCCUCAGCUACCUUCACGAGCCUGCCGUGCUCCACAACCUCAAGGUCCGCUUCCUGGAGUCCAACCACAUUUAUACGUACUGCGGGAUCGUGCUGGUGGCCAUCAACCCGUACGAACAGCUGCAUAUCUAUGGAGAAGAGGUCAUCAAUGCGUACAGUGGGCAGAACAUGGGCGACAUGGACCCCCAUAUAUUUGCUGUGGCUGAGGAAGCGUAUAAGCAAAUGGCUAGGGAUGAGAAGAACCAGUCCAUCAUCGUCAGCGGGGAGUCCGGAGCGGGGAAGACCGUCUCCGCCAAGUACGGCAUGCGCUACUUCGCCACCGUCGGCGGCUCGGCCAACGACAGCCAAGUGGAGGAGAAAGUGCUGGCGUCCAGCCCCAUCAUGGAGGCCAUAGGGAAUGCCAAAACCACUCGCAAUGACAACAGCAGCCGAUUCGGCAAGUACAUCCAGAUUGGCUUUAACCGGCGCUACCACAUCAUUGGUGCCAACAUGCGCACCUAUCUGCUGGAGAAGUCCCGAGUCGUAUUUCAGGCAGAGGAUGAAAGGAACUACCACAUCUUCUACCAGCUCUGUGCCUCUGCCCCCCGGUCAGAGUUCAAAGACCUGGCUUUGACCAGUGCAGAAGACUUCAACUACACCUCCAUGGGAGAGAACAUCUUCAUUGAGGGUGUGAACGACGCUCAGGACUUUGACAAGACAAGAGAGGCAUUCACAUUACUAGGCUUCAAGGACAUAUACCAAACUGGCAUCUUCAAGAUAAUUGCCGCCCUUCUGCAUCUUGGCAAUGUGGAGAUCUGUUCUGAGCGAGACGGAGAUUCGUGUCAUAUCAAUUCGGACGACCCCCACCUGGAGCAUUUCUGCCGCCUGCUGGGCGUGGAGCAGAAGCAGAUGGAGCACUGGCUGUGCCGCAGGAAGCUGGUGACCACGUCCGAGACCUACGUGAAGCCCAUGUCCCUGAAGCAGGCCAGCAAUGCCCGCGACGCCCUGGCCAAGCACAUCUAUGCCCACCUCUUCGACUGGAUCGUGGAGAACAUCAACCGGGCGCUGCACACCGCCGACAAACAGCACUCGUUCAUCGGUGUGCUGGACAUCUACGGAUUUGAAACGUUCGAGAUCAACAGUUUUGAGCAGUUCUGCAUCAACUAUGCCAAUGAGAAGCUUCAGCAGCAGUUCAACUCGCAUGUAUUUAAACUGGAGCAAGAGGAGUACAUGAAGGAGCAGAUCCCCUGGACUCUCAUUGACUUCUAUGACAACCAGCCGUGUAUUGAUCUCAUAGAGGCCAAGCUGGGGAUCCUGGAUCUCCUCGAUGAGGAGUGCAAGGUACCAAAAGGAACAGACCAAAACUGGGCCCAGAAGCUGUAUGACCGCCAUUCCAGCAGUGAGCACUUCCAAAAGCCCAGGAUGUCCAACUGUUCCUUCAUUAUAAUCCAUUUUGCUGAUAAGGUUGAGUAUCAGUGUGAUGGGUUCCUGGAGAAGAACAGAGACACCGUCUAUGAAGAGCAGAUCAACAUUCUCAAAGCCAGCAAGUCCCAGCUAGUGGCAGACCUUUUCCAGGAUGGCAAAGAGUCUUCUUCCUCCUCCUCCUCCAGCAAGUCCAGGAUCAAUGUGCGUCCAGCCAAAACCAUUCCCAAAGCCCCCAACAGAGAGCACAGGAAAACAGUGGGCCACCAGUUCCGCAGUUCCCUGCAUCUUCUGAUGGAUACACUGAACGCCACCACCCCUCACUAUGUGAGAUGCAUCAAACCCAAUGACUUCAAAGAGUCCUUUUCGUUUGACUCUAGGAGGGCCGUCCAACAGCUGCGAGCAUGUGGCGUCCUGGAGACAAUCCGUAUCAGUGCUGCUGGAUACCCGUCAAGAUGGACGUAUUCGGACUUCUUCAGCCGCUACCGAGUCCUCAUGAAGAAGAGCGACAUGAACACAGGGGACAAGAAGCAGGUCUGCAAGAAUCUGUUGGAGACUUUGAUCAAGGACACGGAUAAGUUCCAGUUUGGAAAGACAAAGAUCUUCUUCAGGGCGGGGCAAGUGGCCUACCUGGAGAAACUCCGUGCCGACAAGUUCCGCAACGCCUGCAUCAAAAUCCAGAAGACCGUGCGAGGAUGGCUGCAGAGGAUCCGCUACAGGAAGAUCCGCAAGUCCGUCAUCACCCUGCAGAGAUACGGACGGGGUUACCUGGCACGCAGGUAUUUGGAGCAGCUGCGUCUCACCAGGGCCGCUCUGAUCUGCCAGAAGCAGUACCGCAUGGUGCGCGUGCGCCGCGACUUCCUGAAGACACGGGCGGCUGUGGUCACCAUCCAGGCCUUCUACCGGGGCAUGUUCAUCCGCCGGCUCUACCAUGAGUUCAUGAUGCACCACAAAGCCACCAUCAUCCAGAAGCAUGUGCUCGGCUGGCUGCAGAGGAGGAAGUACCGUCGGGCUCGCGACGCCGCCAUCAUCAUCCAGUGCGCCGUCCGUCGGAUGCUCGCCAAACGGCAGUUCAAGCAGCUCAAGAUCGAGGCGCGCUCCGCCGACCACUUCAAGAAGCUCAACUCGGGCAUGGAGAACAAGAUUGUCCAGCUGCAGAGGAAGGUGGACGACCAGAGCAAAGAGUACAAGACCCAGGCCGAGCAGCUGACCGUCACCAACAACUCCCUGAACACCGAGGUCACCAAGCUGAACAAGGAGCUGGAGACCCUGCGCACUCGCCAGGGCGACGGCACGCAGAUCAACUCGCUCCAGGAUGAGCUGGAGAGGCUGAGGGCGGAGCUGGAGGAGGCCCACGCCCACAGGAAGCGUCUGGAGGAGGAGCACAGCAACGAGAAGUUCGGCCUGGAACAGAGAGUGGAGGAGCUGGAGAAGGAGAAUGUGCUGCUGAAGGAAGAGAAGGAAGAGAUGAACCAGAUGAUCCUGAACCAGUCCAAGAGCUCAGACCAGGAGCUGAGUGUGUCCCAGAAGGAGAGCCGUCUCCAGGCGGAGCUGAACGAGGAGCGGCAGCGCUACCAGAACCUGGUGAAGGAGUACUCGCGCCUGGAGCUCAGAUAUGACAACCUGCAGGAGGAGAUGUCCAUGGCCAAGUUCCAGCCAGGGCACCGGAGGAACCCGUCCAACCAGAGCAGCGUGGGCUCCGACUCGCCGUACCCCUCCUUCACCCCGUCUGACGUGGGGGACACGGACGACGCGCUGCAGCAAGUGGAUGACAUGGGUGUGGAGAAGGCAGCCAUGGACAUCAGCCUGUUCAUGAAGCUCCAGAAGCGCGUCAGGGAGCUGGAGCAGGAGAGGAAGAGGCUCCAGAGCAGCCUGGAGAAGAUGGAGGAGCUGACCAGGCGCAAGGGCAAAGGCUCCACCUCCGAGGACGACUCCACUGCCGACUACAACAUUCUCAAGAGGCAGGAACUGGAGUCGGAGAACAAGAAGCUGAAGAAUGACCUGAACGAGCUGCGCAAGGCGGUGGUGGACCGCGCGUCAGGGAGCAACGACUCCAACGAGCUGCAGGAGGGCUACAACCUGCUGCUGAGCCAGCUCAAGGCCGCCAACGAGGAGCUGGAGGUGCGCAAGGAGGAGGUGCUCAUCCUGCGCACGCAGAUCGUCACCAGCUCCAAGCAGGCCGACACCAGCGACCACAUUGAGAAAUCCAACAACGAGUCGGAAUGGAGCAACAACAAGAAGCCGGUGGACAAGGAGGAGGCCCUGCAGGCCUACAACGGCCUGUGUGAGGCCAAGAGGCUGUUGGAGGCCCAGCUCCAGUCCCAGUCUCGUCAGCACAAGGACGAGCUGGUGGCGCUGCGCACCCAGAUCGAGGUGCAGCGAGAGGACCUGGAGAAGAAGCAGGAGGCGCUGAACCAGAUCAUGGCGCUCUCGCCCGAGGACAAGGUGGAGUACAGCGUCCAGCAGGAGAUCACGCGCCUCACCAACGAGAACCUGGACCUCAAGGAGCUGAUGGAGAAGCUGGAGAAGAACGAGCGCAAGCUCAAGAAGCAGCUGAAGAUCUACAUGAAGAAGGUGCAGGAGCUGGAGGUGAGCCAGACGACCCAGCAGGCCUCCAAGGGCCGCCCAGAGCUGACCCGGCAGGUGACCGUGCAGAGGAAGGAGAAGGACUUCGAGGGCAUGCUGGAGUACUACAAGGAGGACGAGGCCGUUCUGAUCCGCACCCUCAUCACAGAGAUGACACCCAACACUGUGUCGGGCACGGUGCCCUGUCUGCCGGCCUACAUCCUCUUCAUGUGCAUCCGCCACGCCGACUACAUCAACGACGACCAGAAGGUCCACUCGCUGCUCACCUCCACCAUCAACGCCAUCAAGAAGGUCCUCAAGAGAAACAACGAUGACUUUGAGAUGACCUCAUUCUGGUUGGCGAACACUAGCCGCCUGCUGCACUGUCUGAAGCAGUAUAGCGGAGAUGAGGCGUUCAUGACCCAGAACUCAGGCAAGCAGAACGAGCACUGCCUGAAGAACUUUGACCUGGCGGAGUACCGGCAGGUGCUGAGCGACCUCUCCAUCCAGAUCUACCAGCAGCUCAUCAAGGUGGCAGAGGGCGUCAUGCAGCCCAUGAUUGUGUCGGCCAUGUUGGAGAGCGAGAGCAUCCCCAGUCUGUCCGGGGUGAAGCCCAUGGGCUACCGCAACCGCUCGUCCAGCAUGGACAUGGAGCGAGACGGGCCGGGCGGCUACACGCUGGAGGCGCUGAUCCGGCAGCUGGGCCAGUUCCACGGCACCAUGGGCGAGCACGGCCUGGACCCCGAGAUCGGCCAGCAGGUCAUCCGCCAGCUGUGCUACAACCUCAACGCCGUCACGCUCAACAACCUGCUGCUGCGCAAGGACGUCUGCUCCUGGAGCACCGGCAUGCAGCUCAGGUACAACAUCAGUCAGAUGGAGGAGUGGCUGCGGGGCAGGAACCUGCAGCAGAGCGGAGCAGCUGUCACCCUGGAGCCCCUCAUCCAGGCCGCCCAGCUGCUGCAGGUCAAGAAGAAGACGUCGCAGGACGCUGAGGCCAUCUGCACGCUCUGCUCCGCACUCUCUGUCCAACAGAUUGUGAAAAUUCUCAAUCUAUACACCCCACUCAAUGAGUUUGAGGAGAGAGUCACUGUCGCUUUCAUCCGGGAUAUUCAGAACCGGCUGCAAGACCGUGUGGAAUUUCAGCAGCAGCUUCUGGCGGACACCAAGUACGCGUUCCCCGUGCUCUUCCCCUACACGCCGUCAGCCCUGAGCCUGGAGAGCCUGCACAUCCCCGCCUCACUCAGCCUGGACUUCCUCAUCCGAGUCUGAUCCACCUCACCCAACCACCCGCCCACCCUACCUUUCCCAUCACGAUCCCACAGGGUCCUAGAGAGAGCAGCUACCCCUCCUCCCACCGGCCCCCUGUGUUCUAUACGUCUGACUCUUAUACUAUGAGCAGAGAUGAGCUCUCUCGGUCUCAUGUCUACUGGGUUGUUUGUUUCUACAUGCUAGCAAGGCAGGGUUGGACAAGGGUUGGGGAAAGGGGGGAUGGGAUCCCUGGAAGGGUCCAAUGCUUGCAGUUGCCUGCAGACGUUUGCAGUUUCCUUGCAGUUUUCCAUGACCCUUUGGAACUUUGAUUGAUUGGAUGGGCUUGUAAGUAUGAUCUCUACAUUAGUAUGGGCGGAGCAUAGUGAGGGUCCAACUAGGCAACAGGAUGAGCUAAAAUAGUGUGUCCUGAAAGACCCUUUCAUUACACAGAACAAUAAAGCCAACGGUGCAGGGAAAUUUUGUCACGCGGUCUCACCCCCAAAUCCCCGAAGUCAGUGGUUUGGUGGGGUUAUUUGUGUCGGUGGAGGAUGUGAUGUCGUCUGACGCCUGUCAGCUCUCUGAGACGUGCGGCCUGAGCGAGAGACCCGCCACGGGCCGCGCUCGCAGUGAAGACCCUGCCACGGCGACCAACGGCCUCUCACGAGCUCAUUCGACGGCGGGAAAUUGACGGCGCAGCGAGAGAGAGCGGCUCAUAGCAGCGCAAAAGCCCGCAUUGCAGUGGAUGUGUCUGGGGCCGCCGGCUCAUUAAUGUUCAAGAGAGGCCCCGUCUCGUCUGUCUGUUUUUUUCUUCUUCUUUCUUUUCUACUUUCUUUGAGGAUUUUUUUUUCCAUCCUUCGAUGCAAUCUCUCUGUCUUUUUGUGCCCUGUAAAUAGCAGUCAUAAUGUAUUGUGUUUGGAUCGCUCCUUUUUCUGUGUCUUUUGGGCUGCUUUUUAUUAUUGCCUCUCCUGCAGCUAAGGUUUCCGUCUGUAUGCAACAUAGUGAGUGUUACCGUUCACUCAGUGACCUACGCGUAUAUUAGCAGGAAAGACGGAGAAAUAGAGGGGGCGUGAGAGAAAGGCAAGCAGAAUGUAGAGCACUUAAGAGAGGGAGAGUGGACGGGAUUCACAAAGAGAUGUGCAGAGCAUGAGAGACGCCGCCGGCCCUGACCAGGAACGGACGUCACACGUCGAAGGCAACAGGCAGGUGUUGGGAAGGCUCGGUUUAUCAGCAAGUGAGAAGCAAGUCAGCAGGAAGCGAGACCACACACAGAGGCACGCUAGAGAGACGGUGGUUUAGUCGGCUCCUGCGCGAGGGUGACCAAGGCCUUUCACUCUUGCGUGGGAGGGAAGAGGACCGUAGGCUUACAUUACUGUGCGGCGACACUAAAAGCGUUUUCACUAUGUGUGACUUGGCGACCAAUUAAACAGCAGCAAUUUAUUUUAUUGGGAUUUGGACCGAGCCGCUCCAUUUAGGGUGUGCUUCAGCUGGGUGUGGGAGCACAGACCGAACCCUCCGGGAUGGAGCUGGACAGGCUGGAGUGGGUGGACAGGGUGGGCUGGUUUUUUAUUCUGUUUUUUUUUUUUAAGGAGGCUGGAGGGAGACCAGCGUCACAGGCAAGCACACAGCCAGUGUUGUAUAGUAAGCAUACAGUAUCACGCAUGCUUCUCGUGUGUAGACUGUGCUUUUUUCCCCUUCUGAGGAUUCUAACGACCCCCCCCCCUCCACAUCAUCACUGACAGUGUUUUAUGGGAGUGGAAGCCCACGUCUGAUCACGUUGAGAAAGAUCUCUUCAGGACACUUUGUCUCCUGACCAAUGCUUGUGUCUCAUUGGCCCAAAAAGCCUCCUGCUCUCCAGUCCCCUCUCUCUUCUCCAAUGCCAAUAAAGAGCUGGGACCAUACCUUCCUGUGCUGUGCUGUUAUUCAACUUGGGUUUGAGUACAUACACACUUGCGCCUCUGGUUCCAUUUUUUUUAUUAUCAAGGUAAUCUUUUUUUAUUUGGUAAAGGUGGUUUUCUUCAUGCCACUCAUUUUGUGUACUUCCUCUGUUUUUGUAUUUAUUUGAUACAGCAGGUCUUGACACCUGGUUUUCUGGGCAGUUUAAGAGGGUGCAAUAUUUGGGUUUCAACUUUUAGAAAUAAACAGGAAAUACAUUAAAACACAUCAUUAAUAGUUUGUACUUUGUACAUAUUGAGAUGCCCUCUUCUGUUAGAUUAUUGGUACUGCAUACCUUGGGAAAAAAGACUCAUUGGCUGCAAAUGCCACAUCCAUCAAAAUCGCAUUGCCUUCAAAACACUACAUUCAAAGUUCAUUCCUCUCAAUCAUACUGCUGAAAUCUCUGUCGUUUGUUUCUUGUGCCAUCAUAUGUCAUGAUUGUGUCUUUUUUCCAUUAUGUAUAUUCCAAACCACGUGGGCAAUGGCUCUUUGCUUUUUUUCUUAAUUCAAUACAAGGGUUUGUUAUUGAAGAACAUAGAAAGGCAAGGAUGGCAGUAUUGCCCUGUUUAUGGAAAAAGCAGUUGCUAGCUUUGGAAAUGUUGGCGUUGCAUCUCCCCUGUAUCACUCUCCAGUAAAGCAGAAAUGGCUGUUAUUUUGUGGAGCUGUUUUCACAUACAAAUCUAUGAUUAAAGAACUUUAUUUUUAGGAAAGAGAAGCUGCAUUUCAGCCAUAUGUUUAAUCAUUUGUGUGGAUUAGACCUGGAAACACUAACAGCACUGUUUAUUCAAGGGUGUUUAAGGACUAGAGUUCUCUGAUUUGCUUCCAUUGUCAUUGUCAAGUGCAAAUUAACUAUAAUGAGGUACAUUUACAAUUUGAACAAAAAUACAAUGACUUCAGAAAAACACAAUAAAAAAAAUGUUGAGUAA